UUUUGUCAGUUUAGGGCUUGAUACCAGGGAUUCAGAACUCUGUGACCCACUAGGACACUUUGGUUUCGGUUUGGUUUAUCGCCGUCUUGGGUCUACGAAUCUAUCGCGCUUGGUUACUGCGGGCUGUCGAAGCAACUUGAAAGAGGGACAUAUACCACAGAAAGUACUGAACCACUCCAACGACAACGCACCCCCAUGGCCCAGAGGCAACCCACACGCGCAUCCAUAGAGGAGGACAUCGAAGAGACCCAGCGGCAGAUCCGCGACUCUGCUGAGCUUAUCCAGUCCGCGUUUGACAGCCUCAGCAGCCUGCACGGCCGCGUCACAGAGGUCGUCUCCCAGCGUGCUCAAGGACGAACGCCCACCGCCCCAAUAAGACGCACGCGUAGAUCGGUUGAAGAUACCUCGGGUAGUUCAAGAGGCGGAGAUGGAAGCUCCAUGGACCCCGGUCACGACGCUAUCCUCCUCUCCUCUCCCCCAAACCCGCCUGCAACUACGGCAGAGUCUACAACCCUUGGUUCUUCGCCUCCGGGACGGCCCCGCGCCCCCGACUCCACGCUCUCCAACCUGCGCAGCGAAAUUAUGAUGUCUACCGAGAGCGUGCGUAGUCGCGCAGGUGAGCUGGACGAGCUCCGUCGAACAAUCGUUCUGCACACACAGGACCGACAGCGACAAGAGGCGCUUCAGCGCAUUCUGCUCGAUUCUCCACACAGACUGGCAGGCACCAGCGCGCGAGAGGUGUUCACAGCGGACUCCAGUGCUAAUCGCUCCUCGAUCUCGUCCCUCCCGGCACGUAGCCGGCGACAGCUACUUGAGUCUUCCCUCCGACAGCGUUCUGCGGAUGACUCUGCUACCUCUCUCGGAGCAAUGGUCACUGCGCGGGCGGAGACCCGCAGGAUGUCCCAGCGCAUAUCCGAAGGAGUGUCUCCCGCUCGUGCCAUCUUAGAUACCCCGACGCUCCCGCCCAUCGCGUCGACUUCUGCACCCGCUCAAACCCGCACCCCCGCUUCGCAGAUGCCACCCGGAAUAGCGACGCGUCUGUCGCGUCUCGCGCAGGAGAUCCAGCAGGACAUCUCCCGCAUUGCGCAGCAGAGCGAGUCCUUGAUGUCGUGGAUCAACGAGCACCGUACCCGGCUCGACGCCGGUCUGGCUGCGGCGCGUCCUUCCGCUCCCGAGCGUGACCGUUCGCCCUCGCCCAGCGCCAACCGCACUCCGCGGCCUUCUCAUGCCAGCAUCGCUAUCGCCGCCGCCGCCGCCACUUCCGCCCCGAUACCCGAAACGGGCACCAGCAUAUCACCAAGGGGCAUGACGUUCACCCCUCGUAAUGUAUCCUCCAGCACCGGUCAAGCACGCUCAGAUACCAGGACGAGAGGCGAAGGAGAUGAGAGCAGCACGGCGUUCCCGCGCAUUCCAUCGAGGCGACGGCUGGACGCUACGCAAGCUUACGGGUCGCUACGCGCUCAGACCGGCGAGGCGGUCGAAUGGGCAACCCCUCCUUCCCGCGGUGCAAACCGUGAUGGGCCGCUCGGUCGCAGCUCGCGCAUGGACGGCGGCUCUCCCUCUUCAAGCACCCAAAUACCCGCACUGGGAGCUUCCACACCAGGCUCAAGCAACGUGCUUCAGUCGGACCCUGAGCUCGCGCAGUCCAUGGCCCGUGUCCGCAGCGCAAUUGCCCUCGCCCGCGCCCGCCAGGCGCGGCGGCAUGGCGGGGAAGACGACGACGAGCCGACCGAGACGCGGAAUUACCGCGUCCGACGGCGGCUCAAUGCAGACGGGGACGAGGACCAGCAGCGCGUCCCCAUGCGCGCCAUUCGCAACUUCUCGUGGCGCAGGGGCGAGAACCGCGAUAGCUGGGACUUCGAUGACGACGAUGCGGACGCCAGGCGGGCGUGGGCGGAGGGGUCGACGUCGUAUGACGAUGAUAGGGCCGAGGACGAAAUCGCAUGGUACGGCGCGCUGCAAAGGCUGGAUGCCAUGUCCCGCGACCGGGCGGGCAGCCAGACGGAGCAGCACCAGCGACGGUGGGAAUCGAUGUUCCGAAUGGACGACGAUGGGUCGCCCGUGGACGCUAACGGGGAUGAAACUACGUACCCUGUCAACCUGGGACAGCGGGCGAUUGCCUCGAGCUCGAGCCGGCAAAGUAGUGACACCACUGCAGACCGAGCGAGCGAGUACGAGCGUAACCGGUCAGCGAUGAUUGCUCGCGCACAUGCGUUGACCUCGUCAAUGGCCACCCCGGGUUCGCUCAGCCGCUCCAGCACGACCCUUCCGCCGCCACCUCCUGCACCGCCCGCCGCCCGGCCGUUCUCGCUUGUGUCAACCACGCAGAACACACCCGGCUCGUUGUGGAACGACUCGGGCGUGCGCGUGCGCAUUCGGUCAGCAGUCGCCCGCCUGGACGAAGACAUGCGCGCACUCGACGCGGCCAGGGAUCGGGCCCAGUCUUCCCAGCCGUUGAUGCGCUCAUCUUUCUGGCCGCCGGACUAUGCGGACGGGGACCUGCCCAGCUCGCCUCUGGAUCGCUCGAUGGCCGCCGGGGCAGGCGAUGGGGACCUGGAGCAGCCCGUCUGGGGCUCGCCGACGCCGUUCCACCCGAGCCCGCUGCCGCUGCCGCGGGUGGAGAAUGUGAGUAGUUUGCAGGUGCGGAGUCGUGCGUAUGGAGGCGCGAAGGUUGCGCGUAUGUCGCGCCGCCGUGCUCCCGUGGCUGGUCGAUGAUCUUGCGGCUCGCGUCGAUGCUCUCGACGCGCCGUUACUGUCACGGACAUACAGCUCGAACGGGGCCCAGAGUUUCAAGAAUCUGAAGGAUCUUUCCCCUCUUGGCCACCGCUAGCUUUCUAGCCUUGCACCUGGAUUCUGCCAUGUCCGAACUACUAUCUGCCCAAUAUGAAGAUUCCCAGCUGUUCCGCUUCCACUGGAAUCGGUUAUCAGCUUUGAGUGUACUUCCCCUUCACGUUAUCAAAUCGAGAGGCC